GCAGAAAGACAGAGACUUUCUACAAUCUCGGAAUCACCAAUACCCACAGAUUCCGACAGGGUUGGAAGGGAGCUCUGGAGAUCAUCGGGUCCAACCCCCCUGCCAAGGCAGCAUCCCCCAGAGCUGGUGACACAGCGACGUGUCCAGCAGCAAUUCACCUGGCUCUUGACAAGACAUCUGAUAUUGCACCAGCGAAAUACUCUGUCCUGCAACAAUACCUACAUAAAAGCUUGGCUGUAAUAAAUUAAGCUUUUAAAAAACUUAUUCCUGAAAAUGGAUUUUCGAUUUAAUUUUGCUGUUGAUGAAAAUGAGCACAGUGAGGCAGAUGCUCACUUUUUAUUGCUGUGCUCUCCAGAGCACAAGCAGGAACAAAGGGAAAAGAGCAGGGGAACUGCUGAUCUCACAGGAAAGCCCAGCCCGAAGCUGGCUGCUGCUAAGCACCAGGAUGAGGCAGCUUUGAAGAAAAACCUCUGUGUGAAAGCUGCCAAGGAGCACAGCAUUCCCCAAGAUCUCAACAAAGUAUUGGAAAAUAAAGUCAUGGAAACAGUAUUGGACCUGUCUUAUGUAAAGCUGUCUGUAGUGGAAAGGACGUGUUCAGGUGACGCUGACAGCGAAGGCAUCGUGUCCAAAAGUGUUUCUUCUCACUCUGAUCUCAUCCCUGGAGUCUAUGAAGGAGGGCUGAAAAUCUGGGAAUGCACCUUUGAUCUCAUGGACUACUUUUCUGAGGCUGAAAUAGAAUUUACCAACAAGACUGUACUGGAUCUUGGCUGUGGAGCUGGAUUGUUGGGAAUUAUUGCUUUACAAGGUGAAGCUGCCAGAGUGCAUUUUCAGGACUACAACAGCACAGUGAUUGAUGAAAUAACCUUGCCUAAUGUGGUGGCCAACUGUAUCAGUGAAGGCAGGAGGAUGGGCAGUGGGAAGGACAGAAAAGCCAGCAAGCCUCCUUCAAAGAGGCUCAGGAAAGCAGAGGGCUCACCUGAUGUGCUCAACAGAUGCAGAUUUUUUUCUGGAGAGUGGUCUCAAGUCAGCCAGCUCCUGUUAAACAGCAACAAACCCUGUUUGAAGUACGAUUUAAUUCUCACCUCUGAGACCAUCUAUAAUCCUGACUACUACAGUGCUUUGCAUGAUACACUGGCUCAGCUCCUGGACAGAAAUGGCCGUGUGUAUUUGGCAAGCAAAGUGCAUUAUUUUGGAGUUGGUGGUGGUAUUUAUCUCUUUGAGAAAUUCAUUGAAGACAAAAAUGUGUUUAGAACCAGUAUGGUUAAAACAAUUGAUCAGGGUCUGCAGCGAUGCAUUAUGGAAAUUGCCUUUAAAAAUUCAUGUUAAAAUUAAACUACUGAUCUACCAAAAA